UCUCUCAGCUUUUUCUUCUUAACCUAAAAAGAGCCCAGUUAACUUCAGAACGGCUGUAUGAGGUCAAAGUAAAUGCCUGAUAACCUGUUUCUGCAGUAGCCAAUAGUGGACAUGCAGGGAAGACUAUAAGAAGAGAGUAAAUAUAUAGCGCUACUUCUUUGUUACACAAUGCCAGCUUUGAACAAUAGGCCGGUCAGGGGCGUUCUGAGCCAGAGAUGGCAUUUCUGUGUUUAAAAAGUCUUUCAAGCUUUCCUCUUAUAACGUAUUUCUGUGCCCCUAACUCUUGCUGGAUUCUCUCUUGUUCAACAAUGGUGAAAGAUGACGAAAUCUGAGAGGAGCUCGGCCACUGAAAUCUUCAAAGCCCCUUCUGAGCAUGUUCACACCAGAAAUCUUCAGCACUGUGAAGUCUGCAGCGGACGGUCAGAGGAACAGGAAGCACCGCGUCUCUGGCUCAGAGGGCCCCUCCUUGCCAAGUCCCUGUUGCACAACAUGGAAAUGCUAGAGUUCACCCAAGGAAAGAAAGGUUUUCUCCGGUCCUAUGCUGUGGAAGUAGAUGUGAAGGAUGCCUCUAAUGAUACAUGCUUAUAUGCACAAUGGAUGAUGGAGUUCUUGAUAAAAUAUGAAACAAACAGCAGUGAUUAUAAAAAUGCAACCUUGAGUUUGUCAUCCAAUGUGACACACGAUGGAAGCAUCUGCGGUAACGACACACAAGCUGCACUUCUGGCAGUACAGUUUGGAGAAGGUCACUCUUGGAGCGUUAACUUUACAAAAACUAAUGAAACUUACCAGGCAGACUUCAUCACAUUUACCUACAACACCAAUGAUACUGUGGUGUUUCCUGAUGCUAAAAGAAAAGGUCCAAUUACCAUUGUUGUAAAGGAUACUAUGCAUCCAGUUCAACUGAAUAAUGUCUUUGUGUGUCAUAAUACUGACUCUAUUGAAGGAGAAAACGUAACACAGUUCUUCUGGAACCUCACUCUGCAGGCUUUUGUUCAGAAUGGCACAAUUGGAAAAAACGAGUCUAGGUGUGAUGCUGAUGCACCUACUUCUUCACCUACUGUUCUGCCUACUGUCGCCAACAUAACUACUGCAUCAACUACCACUUUAUCACCUGCUCCAACCACUGCUCCCAAACCUGUGGAGAAUCCAGACACAGGGAACUAUUCUCUUAAAAGUGGAAAUAAAACCUGCCUUCUGGCUACUGUGGGGCUGCAGCUGAAUGUGUCCCAAGACAAGCCUCUUCUGAUCAACAUCAAUCCGAAGACAACUAGUGCUGAUGGCACCUGUGGUAACACAGCAGCUACUCUGAGAUUGAAUGAUGGAAAUAGCAGAUUCAUUGAUUUCACCUUUGUUGUAAAGAACGCAAGUGCAAAUGUACGAAGAUUUUAUCUGAAAGAGGUGAAUGUUACAGUGCUCAACCAUAUGAAUGGUUCUGUCAUUUUAAGUGCAGAUAACAACAAUUUCAGCAAGUGGGAUGCUUCCCUUGGUAGUUCCUAUAUGUGCCGAAAAGAGCAAACUCUUGAAAUUAAUGAAGAUCUUCAAAUACAUACUUUUAAUCUAAGGAUUCAGCCAUUCCUCGUGAAGGAAAAUAAAUUCUCUACAGCGGAAGACUGCAGCCCAGAGGUGGACAACUUCAUUGUACCUAUAGCAGUAGGAGCAGCUUUGGGAGGAUUAGUUGUCCUAGUACUAAUGGCUUACUUUUUUGGCCACAAGAAACACCGUAAUGCUGGAUAUGAGCAGUUUUAAAAUGGGAAAGUUUUACUUUAUUAAGGAAAAUGAACUCAAAACACAGAUCAGCAACUUGCAUGCUGAGUCAGGCAAACUCUUUCUUAAAACUAGCACCUGGUUAAGAAGUGAUGCAGGCUUUAACGUUGUGGUUUAUAUUUGAACCUAACAACUUGCAUUGAACAUGUUCUGGUUAAUAAUCAAUUGAUAAAUUAAGAUGGCAAUUCUUCCAGAGUACUACACUUUGAAUUUUAGAAUAUUGAGGAUGCAUAGUGGCAUUAUGUGAAUAAAUAGUUUUGUUUCCGUCUGUGGGAAUAGCACUUAACCAAUAUUGUGUGUGUUUGUGGGUGUUGAAUAUUAACGUACAUAAUCAAUCAUACACUGCAGUUUGUUUUGAUUAUUGACUGUGCCUUAUAUACAGUUUGCUAAAUUUUAAAGCUGUGCUCUAAGAUACCCAGACUUCUGGUCUUUUUAGCUUAAAGAUGCCAUGCUAGUAGACCUUGAGAGAAAUUUUUUUCAGUUAAUGAAUGCAUUUCACUUUUUUUUUUUAAAUUUACCAGAAUGUUCUCUCUUGUAGAGCAGAUACUAGUAAAAACGUGGUAUUUCUGAUACUAGUUGCAUCUCACGAUCAGAGUUCGAAGGGAAGAUGGCUUUUAUAUUGGGGCUAAAAAUCUUGGGGCCAAAUUUCCAGGUUAUUUGGAACUGAUAGUCUUUCAAUCAAAUAAGUCUAAAGAAUUUGGCCCUUACUCCUGCUGGCCUGAACAUGAAUUCCGUUUGUCAUGACGUGCAUUUAUCAGGUUCUCCAUUUGAAGACACACCUCUGAAACUUCUAACCACUGCUCAGUAGUGAUAUAUGGAUAGAGGUGUGCCAACAACAGAGGGGCCAACUUGAGAGAGGUAAAGGAUGGAACCUUCCUGGUACUAAACUUUACCCUUUUUAGUCUGGAAAUUUCUUGUAACAGUGCCAUACAUAGUACAGCAAUCUUCUUCCUUUAAAGAAGAUGAAAAGGGAAUUUCUGUUUCUGCUUGCUUUGCAUCCUUGUUAAAUAUAAAUGACCCAUUAUCCAUCAUACAGUAAUGAAUUAGUAUAUGUUGAUCUUUAGUGACCAACGCUGACUAAAAGUAAAAUGCAAUUCAAGCAAAACUGCUUGAAUAUUUUUCAGAUUUUAGUAAGACUAUUUUGAAAUAGCUCACUGUAUAAGGUACAUGUUUCCUUUCUUCUUUCUCCCAAGUGUUGCUCAGCUUGACAGUAGGUGCCUUCAGACUGCCGGAGUCUAGUAUUUUCAGGUGUUUAGUAUUUUCAGGUGUUAAACUUCUGUAUAGUCUUGUUUUCCUUCCUCUUAACUGACCAAUGGCCUAAUAUAGCCUUUAAUGAAAAGGUAGUGGUAAGCAUUUACCAGGCUGCGUCUGAGCUAAAUCAAACAGUAAAUUCCCCAUAGCUAAGGCCAAUUCAGUUAGAGGCUCAAAUGGUUUAAGUAUGUACUUAAAGCAAUAGCUGAUAAUGUUAACAUAGCAUUGAAUGUGUGCAUGACAGUUAUUCUGUUCUAGUAAGAACUCAAGCAAAAAAAAAACAAUUUCUAAGAAGCUGUGCUUUUUUAAAAGCACAAAAGUCAAACACCCUUACUAGAGCUGAAGCACGUCUUACAAAACAUUUUAUCUUGGCGCCAGCUGGAUGGAGCUCCACUCUCUUUACGAAUGGGGGAAGAAUGUUAAGCUUUGCUCCAUGUCUGCUUAAGGUGUAUCAUUGACUUUGAAACUGGCUCCCAGCGUUGUUUGUCCUGGAAAGGUCUACACUAAUUCUUGCAUGAGUAUUUGUAUAAGAAAGGCGUUAAUGGUGUAUUUUCCAAACUGUAUGUUGAAAACCCCUGUAGCAUUACAGCUGUGUCUUCUUUUUUAUAUGCUCUGUUGAUUUCAAUAAGAUGUGCAUAAUUCUCAACUGAAACUGAUAACCCUUUUCUUGUAUUUGAAUUAAAAUAAAUAAAGUUACCCACCCAAAAAGAGUCUUUCAGUGUUUUCACUUCAGUGCUUUCAGCAUAUAUAUCUUGACUGUCUUCUGUAGGUGUCAGGAAGUGUGUACUUUCAGUUACGUGAUUUGCUGUCUGUCGUUUCAGUUCUAAAACCUAAGGAAAUGUUGGUGACUUGAGGGUUUGGGUAAGGCGGUAGUAUACCAGUCUGUCUUUUGUGUUGCUUUUUAGCCAGUUUACCGUUUCUGUGAGAUGUGCUCAGCUGAUGUGCUCUCCGACUGCUGUUUUGGCUUGACAUGUCUAAUAUAUGUGGGUGGACUGCACAUUAAAGGGACGUGAAGGUUCCUCUACAAAUGAAGUGUUUUACUAGUAUAAAUUUUGUGUGUAGUGUGUAUGUCUGAAGAAGUCAAUCUCUGUAUCAGUUUUCUGCUCUAUACUGAUUGCACUUCAGGUGUACUUUGUAUGCAAUACAGUGAUAUGUUUUAAACUGUAAACAUCUGUUUGUGCCCUGCUUUACUUGGUUUCUAAUGCUAGUUUUCCU